AUGGGUAUCUGCGCGAGCUGUCUCGGCCUUGACCGGCAAGCUGCGCGUGAAGCGUCCGAGAGCGAAGGUCUCUUGUACCAAGAUGCAGCCCAGCCCCAGUAUGGCACCGUGACGCCUGGCGCGACACUCCCAGAGCCCGACCCGGAGGAGCUGAGAAGAGAGCGCGAGGUCCUGGAGCGCAUCUGUGCCCAGACAUCCAACGAGCUCAUCGACGUCUUACACCACGACUCCAAACUCACCAGCGACUACCCCUACCUCCUCAACAAACACUUCCCUUCCUCUUCCAGUGCUGCCUCGUCACCAGCAAGCACAAUCGUCGAUGAAGAUGCAUGGCUCGCUGCCACUCAGCUCACGGACCGAGAACUCUGGCACGAAGUCAAAGGCCUCCGUCCAGGUGAACUCGUUGUCGAGCUCAAUCCGCCAAACCCUGCACCAAGAUGA